AUGAAUUGUUAUUCUCUCACUACUGUAACUCUUGGGCUCUGCCCGAGCUCAUUUCCAAGCCGUCAGAGGCAUAACAAAGCCUACUCUAUUGGGCUGCCUUUCAAGGUCUCGUCAAUCCGAGGCCGCGCAAAUCCAUCCCUCGCUGUUUCUGCACCUCUAUCGCCGUUCAAAAUCCGCAAUUCGGGACUUGGUCGAACGAGGGCUUCUCCAAAUGGCGCCCAAUCGGCCGGCGGCGAUGUCUCGAGUGAGCUGCGCACGCCGAGCUUCUUGGAAUUCAUCACUUCCGAGAGGGUGAAAGUGGUGGCGAUGCUCGCCUUGGCUCUGGCUCUCUGUAACGCCGAUCGGGUUGUCAUGUCGGUCGCGAUUGUGCCACUCUCGAUCUCUCGUGGCUGGCGUCAGUCAUUUGCCGGCGUUGUUCAGUCGUCUUUUCUAUGGGGAUACCUGAUAUCACCUAUAGCUGGAGGGACUCUGGUGGACCGUUAUGGCGGUAAGGUAGUCAUGGCUUGGGGAGUAGCUUUGUGGUCUCUGGCUACCUUCCUUACUCCAUGGGCAGCUGAAACAUCUCUACUAGGUUUGCUUGCUAUGCGAAUGCUACUCGGCAUUGCAGAAGGUGUUGCUCUUCCUUGCAUGAAUAAUAUGAUAAUAAGAUGGUUUCCUCAAAUUGAGCGGUCAAGGGCUGUAGGACUUGCAAUGGCUGGGUUCCAGCUUGGAAGUGCUAUUGGGCUUUCGCUUUCUCCAAUCCUCAUGUCACAGGGAGGCAUAUAUGGACCGUUUGUGAUAUUUGGGUUGUCUGGCUUUCUUUGGGUUUUGGUGUGGAUAUCAGCAACUUCAAGCUCUCCUGACCGCAGUCCUCAAAUAUCAAUAUAUGAGCUGAAAUACAUACAAAACCGGUCAUCAGUAUCUUCUGUGUCAAAAGAUCAAGUGAGAGCAAGUCAAGUCAUUCCUCCAUUCCGGCGUUUGCUCGCUAAGCUACCAACUUGGUCUUUAAUUAUUGCAAAUGCUAUGCACAGCUGGGGUUUUUUUGUCAUGCUUUCAUGGAUGCCAAUCUACUUCAAAACGAUAUAUAAUGUUGAUCUCAGACAAGCUGCAUGGUUUAGUGCUGUUCCGUGGAGUAUGAUGGCUCUUACUGGCUAUUUUGCUGGCAUCGUAUCAGAUUUGAUGAUUCAAAAUGGCACAAGUGUAACUUUGACUCGCAAAGUCAUGCAGUCAAUUGGAUUUCUUGGUCCUGGCAUCGCUCUUAUCUGUUUAACAACGGCAAGAAGUCCGUUCAUAGCAUCUGCCUGGCUUACUUUUGCUGUUGGCCUGAAAGCCUUUAGUCAUUGUGGCUUCCUUGUGAACCUUCAGGAAAUUGCACCGCAAUACUCUGGUGUUCUACACGGUUUGUCUAAUACUGCUGGCACGUCUGCGGCUAUAGUCGGGACUGUUGGUGCUGGUUUUUUCGUCGAGAUAAUGGGCUCGUUGAAGGGGUUCUUGUUGCUUACGGCUUUCCUGUAUUUCUCGGCGGCUUUGUUUUGGAACCUCUACUCAACAGGAGAGAGGGUCAAUUUUGACGAAACUACUUAG